AAAUAAACCCUUUCGACGUUCGCAAUGCAUUGUGGGUUUGGAUGACAUAAAAGCAAUGCAUUUUGCGCACAACCCUACGGGAGAAGUGUACCUUCAAAACAUCUGGAUGUCUGUUAAUCAGCCUUUCGACUCUUGAUUGAAGAAGAGCCACGGAAUUGGCUCCCAUCUGAAUGAUUGGCAAAGAUGAUAAACGCUUGUUGUAUUAUUUGCCAUGAUCAUUUCGAAGGGGGAGUGGUGGUGUCAGCUUGUCCUUGUGGUCACACUUUCCACGAGGAAUGUAUACAGAAAUGGUUAUCCAGCUCUAAAACAUGCCCUCAGUGUCGACACACGGCUUCAGGAAGGACACUCAUACGGCUGUUUUUUGAGGCUGGAUCCGACAGUAGUGAUGUUGACCCCAGCAAGCUAAAGAAUGAACUGAGUUCCUUACAGGCUGAACUGAAGAAACGUGAUUCCACAAAGCAGGCUCUCACUGAGGAAAAUGAACGUCACUCCAGUACCAUUCGAGGACUGAACAAGAAAGUCAAAGACCUCAUACACAAUCUUCAAGCUGAACAGACUACAUCAGACGCUCUGAAGAAGCAGUUGUCGCUUCUCUCCUACCAGAUAGAUGAGGCAAAGCAGGCGAAGAAGGAAAGCAAGAGGCUCCGAGAAAAACUUCAGCUUCUUGAAAGACUUCAGCGUGUUCUUACUGACAAUGCCGAGGCAACUGAAUCCCUAAUCAGCGAGUACGGAGAUGGCCCCAGGGCAGCCAAGGAACUGGCAACAUACUGUGUAACGCUCAAGAGGGAGUUUGAAAACAACAAAUUGAAAAGGAGUCAGUUGAAGGAGGAACUAGACGAAAUGAAAAGGAAGUUAUCAGUGUGCACAAAGAAUCUCAUGAAGACGAGCCAAGAGUUGGAACAUGCCCACAGCGCGCUGAGGGGUGUAGAAGAGGAUCUGCAGUGUGCUGUGAAGGAGAAGCAGACGCUAAAGAACAGACUGGCCAACCUGCAGCCAUCAGUGGAUUCUCCCGGUGGAGCCAGCAAGAGCGCCCUCACCAGGCUCAUCAUGGAGAGCCCCGCCCCGUGCCAGUUCAAGACGCCCAAACUCAGCACACCAGAGAAUGGCAAGGAUAUUAACCUUGAUGACAGCAUCCCACCAAUUCCAGGCAACCCAAGCACACCGAGCUUUGCCAGCGAACCCAGCCCCAGCGUACUGGCUAAAAAAGAGUGCCGCGAGUUUGAUCUACCCUACGUGAAGACGACAUCACUGGCUCACAAAAAUAAGAAGUUCAAGAGCCAGAGCUCAGAGGAGUCUGAUAGCAGGGUGGUAUCAGCUAUGGCCAACUCAAGUCUCUUUGGCAAUCGACGACCUUUGCAAGACACAGGGAGUAAUCUACGCAAUGGCUACAAUGGACUUGGUGGCCAUGGAUCAUUCAUUAAGCCAUCCGGCGUCAACAAACUGGUGAAGAAACGACCACAGUCUGCUGCAAAGAGGCCAAGUGUGAGCAAAUCGCUACCCAAGCUGCCUACUUUGGACAAAUUUUUAUGAAGAACUGUUGUUAAUGAUUGGCACGUCAGAAAGGGAUUCCAUUGUGGAAGUUCAGAUGGAAUCAAGAACAAGGCAUUGAAUUUUCCAGUGAAGCUGAGAAUUCUUUGGAGUUUCUGGGCGAAAUUAAAAACACGGAAGUGACUUUUUCCCCAGAGGAGAACCCUCAUGAGUUUUGGAAACCUUACGGACAACCUGAAAAUUGGCUCCAGGAAGUCACAAAGAAAUGACACUGAAAGUGUUCUUUGGAAGUCCUGUGGGCAUCAUGGAUGUUUGCAACCGAAAAAUAUGACUUCUUUCGCCGGAAAAAUUCAAAUUGAAACGGACCUAUCUGCAGGGAUUUUUUUUAACAAAUACAUGUAUUUAUGGAAAUACUUCAUUUUUCCAAGCGGGAUGAAUAUCUUUUGAUCAGUGUAAGAGUAAUUUGUUCUUCACAACCAAAAGUUGAACGGUAUUGAAAGAUGAGGAGAGAGAUCAACCCCAUGCCUGUCAUCCCUUUGACUUUGAUGGAUUCAAGCAUUUCUUAUAAAAGUAUUCCCGUUGCACAGGUUAACAUAACUAGUAAACUUUGUGUCGUUCCGAUUAUUUUGCCUCUAGUUUAUCAUAAGUUCCUAGCUGAUCAUAAUCGCUCGUCAUCUGAGGGGAAUUUUUCAAUUCGUCCCGAAAGCCUUUCAAUUCUCUUUACGUAGAAUUCUAAGGAUCAGAAAAUAAACAGGUUAAAAUGAAUGUUGGUAAAAAGCAUUUGAUGAAAGAAAUAUUACACACCACAGUAAUCUCCGCACAAUCACUAUAUACGUUUCUGCCUAAUACAUGUAUUGUCAGAGAAUUUUGAUUUGAUGUUAGUAUUUGAAUAUUUAAGCUACUCGCUGUAUGCGCGUACUUGUCUUUCUUGUUUGUGCUGUAAGGUGUAAAGAAUGACCUAUCUUUCAUAAAAUGGAAACAAAAAGGA